UGCUAUCAAUUAAUGUAGACAUUACCUAGCAUAUUUAAAACCUCAACUCAAAAGUAUGACAAAAGGUGCAAUAAAAUAGUAUGCGUGAAUUGAUGCAAACUGAAGUGCAUCUGCAGCUAAAUAUGUUUCGUUUGUGAAAAACGGUCGCUUCGACGCCUCAUCCAACGUUGGAAAACUUUGCGCAAAAUCCUUAAAAUGCCACCGAAAAGGACAAAGGAGCUUCCUACAAAGCGGGAGAAUAGAUCCCGUGGAAGCCAAAAACAUGAUAUAAACAAAAUGACGGCAUACGAACUGAAUUCUUCCGAUUUGCGUUAUUUGCUACGAACAGCAUUAGAGCGUGAAGGAGACAGAUUCGACCCAAGUGGAUAUGCAUACGUCACGGUGGGUGAGGGGUCAAAUCCUGCAGCGCUAGAGUCUCAAGAUCCCCUUGCAUCCGAACAUCCACCAUUCGACGAUAGGAAGAGUGCAGAAAAAGAAAAACAAGCAGCACAUGGAGCAGGUACAUCUGGACUAAGAGGAUCUCAGAAAGGAAAAGAUUUUCUUCAGUCGUCACUGCGCAAUCAUGACGAAUGGAUUGAAAACACGUAUGCGACCGGUGAAUCGAUUCCUAAAAAAGAGGGAGGAACCAGCACAUUUCUCGAUGAUCUUUCGCAACAUAUUUCCAUUCCUAUUGAGGACGAAUCUGUUCCAUGCAAACGCCUGAAGAGUAAGAAGGAGACCAUACAAGAAGUGCCAAUAACACCGAAUCAAGAUCCGUUAAAAUUGGUGGCCCAGCCGCUUGGCGUUGAUGAGUUACGUGCAAUGUUGCAAGCUGCCCUGCAGCAUCAAGAGGAAGUUUCAAAAUCUGCGGAAAGACAUACCCCUCCUUUCCCCAUCGAAGCUGGUCAUACACGAUCCUUGGAAAUAGUGCACCAGAUGGACAAGGAGAACGGCAGUGUCAUUGAACGAGAAACAGCUGACGCUUCGGCAUCGAAACCCAAUCCAGUCAUUGAUGAGUUCGGCGAACCAAACGCCGUAAUCUUCAACAUUGAAGAAGAGCACCUUGAAGAUGACGAUUCGCAAAACAUCGCGGACGACCAUGCUGAACAUUCUGGUCAUAUCAACACUCCGCUGGGGAGUCCAGCCGAUCGAUCUACUUUGUCCGUGAGAAAGAUAUCUUCUACCGGUGCUGCGACGAAUGUACUGAAUAAGUCACCAAACAUCGAUUAUCCGUUUGCAGCGAGUGUUGAGGAUGACAAUUCUUGGAAAGUGAAAUACAAAAAACUGGAAGGAAAUUAUAAAGAGCUAUCAGAUAAACAUAAAAAAUGUAAGCAAAAAAUAGCAAAACUUGAGCAAGAUAAGCUCACAUCGGAUGACUACGCUUUGCGAAUUGGAAAGGAGCUUAUGUUCAUCAAGGACAAGCAGAAGAUUCCCCAGGCACAAUUUACCGAAGAAAACGGAAUCCCGAUCACGGUUAAUGAACUGGAUGAGAUUAACAACCGUGCAGACACCGACAGCUUCUUUGUGGCUCUGCUGGUAACAAGACUGGUUGGUUCCGAAAAGCUCAUAAAAAUGAGUGCUACGGGUCAAGCAAGCCACCGAUUCUCCAAACUCAAAAAUAUGGACGGUACCCCAAUGUAUCCCGCACAAGAGCGCAUUGAUCCUAAACUCGUUGAGUUCAUCUGCAAUAAAGUUGCUGAGCGCACGGCGUUGAGAGUUGGUUCGGAAAAUAUUGCCACAAUACGCAAACGUUCAGAGAUGACUGUGGUUAAGAGGUACAUUGCCCAGAAAAUUGGUAAUUUAAAAAAAGCUGCCGAAGUGCGCAGAGCUAGAAGUGACCAUGGCCAACAAGAAGCGGCAAAUAUUCGGGUAUAAGGUACAAUUAUUUACUUCUACUUCUUGAAUUUUAAUAACUGGCGUCUUGUUUUUGAGCCGGUGAGUUUUCUUUUUUACAUGAGUUUAUAUGUAAAUGAACUUCGUACGAAAAUUUAAUCUAUCUUCUCUGAAGAGCGAAGAAAAUCGUUCAUUUUUUUGUAAUGAGGAUAUUGAAAUAAAAAUAAAUAUGAAACUAAAACAUAGAGUUAUUUAUCCAAUGAUCGACAUAAGUAUUAAUUCCAAAAUUUGUAUAUUUCAGGUACUUAGAUGGUAUAUAUAACAUGAUUUUCCCUUAAAUAAAGUGAUAAUAUAGCCUUGUCCCUUUAUCUAAAGGAUAUGCUAUGCAAACAUGUUAUAUUU